AUGGCCGCAAAACAUGGUUAUUCUGAAGCAAUUAGUUUACUUAUUGAAGCCGGUGCUAGACAUGAUGUAGGAAGUAAACCACCUAUAAUCUCAGCUCUUGAAAGUGGUUCAAGAGCUGCACUAACUUCACUCGUUAAAUCAAAACCUCGCGAAAUUUUAUCUGUAUAUAACGAAAAACCAUUACUAGUUCACGCACUUGAGAUGAAAUCAACACUUUUACCUGUUGUUGCUACUCUUGUUCGUGAAGAAACACUUAAAAUGAAAGAGGAAGGAGAUCCAAACGCACCGCCUUUCCCUCCAACAGGACUUACAUCAUCACAGCAGAAGCGUCUUAAUACAGCUCUCGAGAGGCAAGAUUCUGUCAUGAUCUCCUCUUUCACUCCAGAAAAUGAUAUUAAAAUACGUCACGUUUGGGCCAAAAUAUCAGAACAAAAGGAAGAAACUACUAUUGCAACGGAAUUCCGUGAGCAAAAGUCCUUUGAAUCUGAGCCUUUUGGUGUUCCAGAACAGAAUAAUCAACCAAAUGAUGAUGUUUUAACAGAUGAAGAGGAAGAUAAUGGAGAUCCAGUAGAAGAGGAGUCUCAGAAAUCUCAUGAUAGUUUAUAUAUCCAAGAAAAACCACAACCUGUUGCUGCUUAA